AUGGUGCCUUCUAAGUCAUCAAUCGAUAAUUUGUCUCUGGACGCGAUCCCCCUCACAGAAAGGGCUCCUCCAGCGUUCCCGAUAUUCCCCGAGGCGCAGCAGGCGCUGUCUGCUCGCGGUCUGUGCGGGCCGCUCGUCCUCCUCGCCGUGUACAUUGAUAAAGAUAUCUCAAACUUCAAAGACGGCUGCCGUGGCCUGUUCAGCUGCGGCGGAGACGGACUGGCGCAGCAGUGCUACUUUCCAGACACAAACAGCUCGCGCCGCGCCUACUGCGACUGCAACCGCGAUGAGGGAGAGCGGCCGAGCACGUGCUGGCGCGAGCCAACCGCACACGACCGCUGCACGUCAAAGCUGCGCGGCACGCUCUGGGCUCAGAGACCCCGGGUGGGUCGAGGAGGUGGCAGGGCGUCUCCAAACCGUGCGGCUGUCUGCCUGGUCGGGCACGCCCGCACGUUUGCGAGCUGUGCGGUCCAUCGCUCGAUCAAGAGGCACUUGCUGGACGCGCUGGGACGCGGCGCGACAGACCUGUUUGCGUUACUAGUGCUCGAGGAUGCUGGCACUAAGCUGCAGGACGUAAGGCAGGUCUUCAACGUGGCGCCGACGACGCCGCUGCUGGCCGCCGCACGCGCAUUGUCCGUCCUGCUGCCGCGCGCGGUGGAGCUUUGGCACCACGGGCCGGUACGGCUGGGUGAUCCGAACCCGCCCCGACCUGAUUUGGCUGCACAACCACCCGCCGUUAUCGAGUCGAUGAUGGACUCGAACCAGAUCCGCAACCAGCUCCGCAACCAGAUCCGCGGCGCGCAUCCCCGCCUUCCCCACAACGCCUUUGUGGUUGCGCGGCCCGCCGCGCUCGAGUCGCUCGAGGGCGCUGCGCUACCCUGCACGCCCAAGGCGCCAGCCAUGGGCAGAGGCGUGGCGCAGCCGGCUCGCCGCGAUUGGCCGCCCGCCUCGCAAUGCAAUCCUGCGGUCGCCAACCCACCGUUGCCGAAUGCGACCGCAAAGCUGGAGUUUGCGGCGGCGGCGCGGCGAUGGGCCGAGCUCCUCGCGCCCGUCUCGGCCAGACGGUUGCGCGACUUUGGGGUGACGGCGCCACCGCCAAGCGCGGCGGAGGUGGUGUUGAGGGCGCAGGACGCGCUGGAGGACAUGAUCGUCUACCGCUCGGCGGUCCCGCCCGCCAACCUCGGCCCUAUCGGCGAGCUGGCCGGCACCGGGACGUCGAGGGGCAGUGGUGGUGCUGCGGCGCUCCCCGCUGCCGCACUACCUGCUGCCGCGCUAGCUGCAGAAAAGGAGGCGGGAGGCGCCACCGCUCUCGACGAGCACUUCCUCUCGUGCUGCAGCGCCGCGCUCGGCAUCCCCGUGCGUGGCGAGCACUUUCGCGCCACCUCGCAGGCCGCACGCCGCGCGAGCGCAAAGCUGCAGCAGAAGGUCGCUUUCACGGUCGAGGCGGUGGCGUGGGCGCUCGGGCCUCACAGCGCGGGGUACGCGGAUGCGCUGUGCUACCGCGAGGAGGGCGGCGGCGGUGGCGGCGGCGAGGCAGGCGGUGGCCGCAGCGACGGUGGCGGGGGCGGUGGCGGCAGCGAGGGAGGGAUAGACGGUGGCAAAGUCCGUGGUGCGGAAGGCGACGGCAACGACACUGGACCAGCGGCGACGGCCUCCUCCACCGAUGCGGGCAGCGGCAGCGGCGCCUCCACCGAAGCUGUCAGCGGCGACGCGGCUGCGGACGAGGGCGGCAGUGACGGCCGCGAGUCAAGUGGCAUUCGCAGUGGCGGAGCUGACGGCGGCGGUGGAGAUGGCGGCGGCGAUGGCUCGGUUGGAGGCGACGGCAUCGGUGGCCACGACGACGUCGUGUGCAGAGCCAGCAGCGACGGGGAGAGCGCGGGCGGAGGAGGCGGCGGCGGUGGAGGUGAGGGUGGAGGAGGCGAGGGCGGCGAAGGCGGCGACGGCGGCGACGGCGGCGGCAACGACGGCCUUCCGCCGGGCUGGUGCAAGGUGAUGGACUUUGGAAAGUGCCGCGGGUAUCGGCGAGGCAGCGUCAUCGUGCGCAGCCGACCGGAGGCGUGGCGGCUGCACGGCGCCACUUCCGGGGCCUGCGACGGCGACGCCGCCGCCUCCCCCUCCUCCGCCUCCGCCUCCUCUUCCUCCGGUCCACGGCUGAGCCUGGAGUGGGGCAGCCGCUUCCUCUCCUCGGCCGAGGCGGGAGGGCGCACCCUCGCGGACGACUCGCGGGCCGUGCUCGACGUCCUCUCAGGCCGCUGGACGCCUCCCGAGGAGAGGAGCCGCUCCCUCCUCCUCGCCCCGCCGCCGGGUCCGCUCGCCGCCGCCGCCGCCGAGGGUGGCGCGGUCCCGCCUCCGCGCGCCGCGCCGCUCGUCCCUCCUCUGCCGCUCCCCUCUCCGGAGGACGACGCAGGCGAGCCCGGCCUGCCGGCCGUCAAGGAGCGCGCCGUCGUCGACUCUGCGUUUGGCGUCCACGCCGACUGCCCGCCCCGCCGCAAGCGCCCGCCGAUCGGCGAGAUGGCGGCGCCCCCGCCCGUGCUCGGCUUCUCGCUCCGCACGACCCACAUGCUGCUGGCCGAGGUGUACGCGCACGUGCAAGGCCGCCGCACGGCGUCCAUCGACUGGGAGGAGGUCGCAACCCGGCUGGCGGCGCGCGCGGAGGUUCUUCCGGGCGCGGCCGGGCCAAUGCCAGGCGCGGCGGAUGCGCACAGGCUGUGGCGGGCGCUGGCGUACUACAGCCGGAGGCCGCGCGCGUCGGCGGGCAGCAAGGAGGGGGGCGAGGGCGGCGGGGAGGGGGAGGGCGGCGGGGAGGGCGGCGUCGUGCGUCCGCACACGAGGCCGCACUGCACGCGGCCCGCGAUGCCGGACGCGCUGCACACGGCGCGGCCGGCGAGGCUCGUCGGACGCUCCUACCCGCCCCAGGCCGCCGGCGGCUGGUCCUCGGUUGGGUGGCCGUCGGGCGAGGGGCGAGCGCCGCUGCAACUCGAGGGCGUCCUCGCGCCUCUCCGCCCGGCGCCACCGGCGCGGAUCGACUACCCGCCCCGCGCAUGGAGCGAUGCCGACGACCGCAAGAUGGCGCGCAUCCGCAAGCUGCAGGCGUCGGGGGCGAUGGCCAAGCCGCCGCCGAGAGACGAGUCGACGCCGCCGCCGGCUCUGCCUUCCGACCCGACGAUCCGCAGACAGGACCCAGCUAAGGCGUUGGCCAAGGAGCGGCCGGCGGCGGCGGCGGCGCCGAAGCUGCCUCCCAAGCCGGCGGGUGCGCCUGGCGCCAAGCGGCGCGUCGCCGAGGAGGAGUUGCCGUCGGAGCUGAGGGCGCACGCGCCUUCCCUCGCCGUCUACCGCGCGGCUGUCAAGCUCAAGAAGGACAAGGCGGAGGCCGAGGUGGCCCUGCACGGUUGGACUCUGCGCUACAUACUGCGCGGCGGCGUCUACCUGCCCGCGGCGCCGAGGGACGGGGCGCGGCGCGCCGCCGCCGCCGCCGCGGGUGAUGCGGCGCGCGACUUGGCGGAGGGAGAGGUGCACGGGGGUGGCGACCUGUACUGCUUCCCUCCGGGCAUCUCGACCAAGGGCAAGAGCGAGAAGGUUGUCCGCUCGCUCGUCAUGCUGCGGGAGGUGCUGCUGCAGCAGAUUGACGGCGAGCGCACGGGCACCGUCUGGCAGGCCCCCAAGCGCGGCGAGCUGGUCGAGGUCGAGGUGGAGGACUAUUUGCCCGUGGCGCCGCCGCCGCCGCCCACCGACCCUCCGCCGGCGGGGGGCUCGCCCUUCGACGACCUUCUCGACCGGACGGCCGAGGGCGUCUUCACCUGGGCAGACGGCAACCGCUACCAGCGGCGGGUGGAGUGGCGGCUGGCCGAGGUGCGCCAGACGUGGGCCGACGGCAAGUUCCAGGCGUGCGUGUGCGACCACGACGGCUACCUCGACGAGAGCUUCGUCGAGGUGUACAGCCGCGCCGACGAGGGCAAGGAGUGGAGGCGGCGCGCGGCGGACGCGCCCGGCACUGUCCUCUCGCGGGGCGGCGGAGGGGGCGGGAGGGGCCGCGGCGGCGGGCGCGGCGGGCGCGGCAAGAAGCGGCGCAGGCAAGACAAGUGGUGACUGGUGCUGGGCUGGCGCAUGGCGGGCUGCGUGAGGGGCCGAUGGCCUGCGGACUGGCGCGUGGCGGUCUCUCGACCUGUCGGACACACUGGCUCGGAGCCGGCCAGAGAUCCCUGGCAACGGCCAUCGCGACGUCCGCUGAGUGGAAGGUGGAAUGGAACCCCAAGCCCAUGAACCAUGUGUCUGUCUCUCCAUGUUUCCGAGAGGUUUUCAGACAGGUAAGGUUUAUCUCUGAGUGGCAGCAUGGGAGUGGCCAAAUUUUC